AUGACGGGCUUGGAGGAGUCCAGCCCCACACAGAGCAGCACGAUGGCAAGACCAUUUUCUCCUACUUUCCUGGCUCCAAAGACAGUGGAGGGAAGAGCUGGUGCCUCAAAUCUCCUUCAGGCAGAACCAGUCAUAGGGGAUGGGCCGAAGCAUAUUAGCACAUUGGUGAAGGAUACGUGUUCAUCUACUGCCAAGGAGGAGGAAAACCUGAUUCGAAAGAUCCAAAUAAUGACUUCAGAAAAAAACCUCAAAGUAACAGCAGUGUCUGCACUCCUUAAAUGUGGGACACCUCAGAAACUGGUAGAAUCCCAGUGUCUUCAGGCAAAGCUUAUGGAGAUGCUGUUUGCUGAAGGUUAA